UCGCUCUUUCUUGAAACAUGCUUUAAUAGAGAAAGUAUGCAAUGCAUACAGCUCUGCUACAACCCCCCAUUAUACUGCAACUGGGGUAUUCGUGACUGGACGUCUGGGGGGGAUCACACACAUUUCCGAUUAGAGGAGGAAGGAGAGAGAGAGCGAGGGAGAGAGAGAGAGCGAGAGGGAGAGAGAGAGAGAUUGCCCUUUCAUUCCAGCCAAUGAGACGGUCGAUACACUAAGAUUUUCAUAGUUGUGCACGAGCUCAAAAGUGAUCGGAGUGUCGGAACUUCCAGGUAAAACUGCAAAAGCCGACUUCAAGCUCCUGAUUCUCAGGUCUUCUCCACUUUAAGCCCUCGAGGCCGCUUCUCUAGGCUUUGAUGCCCACACUCUUAAAAGCAGGUGGACAGACACAGGCAUGAGUAGCAGUGGGACCAAAGAGCCGUCUCCCCAGCCGAGCACUGCCCAGUCACCUCCUGAGCCUCCACGCCGGGGGAGGGGUCGGCCACGGAAACAGCAGCAGGAGCCCGUUGGACCCCCGACUCCAAAGCGACCAAGAGGACGACCGAAAGGCAGCAAGAACAAAGGCCCAAGAACUGCACCUAAGAAAGUAGAGCCCACUGGGGAGCGGCGACCACGCGGGCGACCGAGGAAAUGGCCUCAGAAAGUGGCGCAAGUAACCGAGGAGCAGCAGGGCUCUUCAGAGGAGGCUGAGGAGGGUCCCUCGUCGUCUCAGGUUCCAGCACAGGAGGAAGGGGAGUAGAUAGGACACCUGCCUACCUACCUCAAGGUUUGGCCUCAAGCAAAACAGGUGGCACAAACCAAACUGUGGCUGUGAUGGGGAUUCAGGAACACACAUACACACACACACACACACACACACACACACUCGCAUACAGACACGUGCACAAUCAUUGCUAGUGGUUUAUUCACAAAUGAAAUACUCAACCCUGGAUAUUUUUUUAAACAUCAGUGAUUAGGGAUUUUUAUUAUGACGGAGUAAUAGGGCCACAUUGAGAAAAAAAAAAAAUUCACAGACUUCGAGAUUAAAGUCGUAAAAUUUACGACUUUAAUCUCGUAAAUUUACGAGAAAAGUCCGCCUGGUUCUCUCUGCGGAAAAGAUGCAUUUUUUUGUUCUCCCCUCUUCUAAAACAACAGGUUGGAGUAUUACAACUUUAUUCUCGUAAAUGUAUGACUUUAUUCUUGCUUUAAUCUCAUACAUUUAUGACUUUGAGACUUUAUUCUAAAAGAAAUUUCUCAAUGUGGCCCUAAUACGUAUUUUAUGUCUUAAAUUCAAGGCUUUUUUUUUUUUAAUCUGGGGAAAAUAUGUUCUGUAGUUCCCCUAAUAGUUGAAUUAUCCCUUUAAGAAAACCUUGCACUGAGCCCCUCCGCCUGAGUGUGUACGUGUGCAUGUGUGUGUGUGUGUGUGUGUGAGUGUGUGGUCGUAUGGCGAGGGGACAGGAUGGCAGGUGGAAAAUAAAAAUAAAGGCGUUGAGGGAGGUUUAGAAGAACAAAAAGGAACCAAACUGAAUGGUUUUUUUCAUUGAAAGAUGUUUGUGACUGAAUCCUCAUGUGAAACAGGAGCAAAGCGUAGACAUUUGGAACGAUGUUGCAGUAUAAACGUGCGCCGAUGUCAUGAUGAUGAAAAGGUUUUAUUCCAAAAUGAAAUAUCCAACGUUGGGAGGGGGACGGAAAAAAAAAUGUCUUCCUCGCUUUGAAUUACAUUAGCUCAAUAACCUCGAUAAAAAAAAAAAGUGCAUUUGUGUCCUUCCAUCCUAUCUAUAUGUAUACACACACACAUGCAUUUGUGUGUGUGUAUACAUAUAUAUAUAGUCUGUCAUUUUACCAUUCUCAGGAUUUCACUAUUACAGUGCUUUUUACAAGAUAUUGAAACCUCAGGUACAAAACUAUUCAGGAACAUGUUGUCAGUCUACUCAGUAAUAAUUAUUGUGCUGUGUUUGUUGUGCAUUUCUUAUCUGUAUUUGACAUUACCAGUAUGCCUAUACACGAAGACCUCACGUAAACCUCAGUUACCCUCAGUCUCUUAUAAUCUCUCAUUCUACCUCAGUGACACAAAAAAAAAAGAAGAAAAAAAAGACCGGUCUCAAACAAAUACAUUCUCCACUCCCUCAGCAGUGACGCACACUCUCAUCACUUCAAAACACACACACACACACACACACACGCACACGCGCGCACACACACAGGCUCCUGUGCAGAUAUAUAUCACACAGACAGGCAAAGGGUUUACAGGCAUAUAUGCAAAAAAACGUUACACUGCGGUACAGGUGUGCAAGCGAAAGCAUCGGUGUCAGAUCUUUAAAAGAUGAAGCAAGACUCGGUUUGUUCUCCUGGGAAAUAAAAAAAGAAAAUGCAGCCAAUAGUUUACAACAACCUGAUGAAAUACUUGCUUUUUUCUUUUUUUUUUUUUAUUAUAUAGGGUGUAGUCCUGUUUGAAAAUGUUUGUUUGUUUGUUUUUUUUUGUUUCCGAUACUUCUUUCUCAUUGGUUCUGCAUCAUUUCUUUAGAUUCAUAUACACUGUAAAUUGUACGCGUGACACUCGACCACACAGUGUCGAUGUGCGUGACAGUUAUGGACAACAACGGCAUUGUAUGGAAAGUGACUAAAUAAAUAAUGAGUGAUCCAUUAAAAGCUCAAAUACUCUACGCUACAAUACUGCUAACCCUGUCUUUGCAGGACCACGUUUUUAAGGAGGAGAAAAAAAGGACCCAGUUCGUACCUUGUUUUUCUUUCUUUCUGAUUUGGCUGUAAUGUCACGGUGUGACAGUAAUAGAUGUGACACACACAGAGUGCCGUUAUCUGCCAUCUAUGCCGUAUGAGUGUCGGAACAGGUGAAGCUGUAGCGGGAUUUUACCAUAAUGUUUCAUACUGCAUAUUUCCAGGUUGUCUCGUUCUAAAGGGUCAUCUCACUGUAAUGAGUCGAGUGUGUUACUGUCAACAGUGUGUCAUCUGAGAGAGCCCUCACUUUAAUAAAACUAAUUAAACCUAGUAUACUUCAUCGUCAUAAUAGUUUGAUUUUAGAUUGUAUUCUUAACUUAGCAAGAUAACAUUUAGUCACAUAGUAAUACUGCUAUUUGUUUUAGGCGGAAAUGUAGAUUAACAAACACUUUUGUUUGGAUGAAAACAAAAAGAAAAUCAAAGGUACAGAAAUGUUUCUUUAACUUAGAUGUUCAGAAUUUCAGCACUGAAACUGACGACAAAUGCAAAAAAAAACAAAACGACCAGCUUCAUAUAUGUAUAGAUUCUGUGGGAUUUCAUGAUCAAACAUGGACUACAUAUUACUUAAUAGUUGUUUCUUACAUGACUUGAAUAUCACCCGUCAUUUACUGUAUACUGUAUAUUAAGUGUUUAUCCACUAGAACUUGUGUUAUGUUAUCACUGAUGAUUAUGUUGUAUCCCAGUCAUUUUAUGUAUUUCAGCAUUGUUUACUAAAUUGCUGCCAGAAGGGCUUGGUCCAUUUACAGACAUGUAUGUUUUUUUUUGCUCAGCUGCGUUGGCUUUACUGUUUUGUUUUUUUUUCAUUAUUAUUAUUAUUAUUAUGUGUUGCCCUAAGGACUACCUCUGUAAACAAACAAACAAAUAAACAAACAAACAAAGCCCAGGUCGUCCACGAGGAAACUUUCCAUCAGACCUGCACGGCCACAUGGAUGAAAUCUUGAACUAACUGUACUGUCGUAGUCCACUCAUCUCAUCUCACUACAUUCAUAUCACCGCAGGUGAAUGGAAGUCAGCUUGAAGGGUGCUAUUCUUUUUAUCAUUAUUAUUAUUUUACACCAGCUGAGUCAAUGAUUGUUGUUUUACACAAGCUGUGUCUGGAUAUUUACUCUCUAUAAUAUGGGGUCAACGUUUGUUUUUUGUGAUCUUACUGAUAGUGAUGGAGUUACAUGCCGUACUUGAUCCGUUCUCAACUAUUGAACAGUUGAAGUGUAACUUGAGAAAUCCUAUUUUUAUGCCUUUCUUUUUAACACCCAUUUUGUAGUUUCAUUGAUGUCUCGUCAUCCACUUCAUUAACUGAACUCACAAAACCUGUGCUAUAUAUAUUUGUUAUGAUUCUUUAUCAUGUGUUUCAUGUUAUUCUGCUUCUUUAUCGCUUAUCAAUAAAAUAUCACACCUA